AUGCGGCCAGCUUCUUUCCGGUUAUCACUUCCGGGGAUCAACAGCUUUACCUGCAAUAAUUCUCGAAGGACAGCCCUUGGUGUGUUAAAACAGCCGACCUUUCGACCACUUCACGCCUCUCCAAUCUUCCAACGGCCUCGUCGCCGUGAUUUCUUUUCUUCAAAUCCCUCACUAUCAACCACAAAAGCCAAUGGUACAGACACUUCAAAGGAUGUCGCAUCGGACAAUGCUGGUUCCGUCCUAGCCUCGAAGCGUAAGACUGCCCGCACCCCUGGAACCAAGACUUCGCUUCGAAGAGUUGGACUUGAGGCUCAGAGAACAAAAGCUGGGGUCUUAGAACAUACAGGUGGUCGCAACCAAGAGGAGCUCGUCGUUGCGAAACUUGUGACUGCCUAUGCUGUUGCCGAACAAUACGACUUGGCCAAAGUGGUUGAGAUAUUACGUAGCAAAGGUUUCGAGCCAGAUCCUCUCGGGACAGGUCUCUCACAGCAAGUUAUUCAUGUGCAAGUUCCCAUCUCUUCUAUAUAUCGUUCAACCAACCCUUCCGCGCGAGACCUCUCGGCUACCGAUGUGGGCGACAUAUUUAUAUUCCCCUCUGGAACCCUGGUAACAUGGGCACUUCCGGAGGGUUUCACCUCGUACUUUGCAACGAGAACCCUUCUUCCAGCUGCUCAAAAUCCCCACAACGAGCCCGUUGAGACAGAAGACUUGGACUAUAUUGAAGAUCCGACGCGAGAGCAAAGCACCAUUCGUGGGGACACCAUAAUUCUUGGCACAAAGACCACCGACUCAACUGCAACCGAUACAGGCCACCAACCCGUUCCAGGAUAUCAGAGUGUUGAUACCGUGUUGACCAAGAUAGCAUUUUCUUCAGGGUUUGCGAGAAGCACGAAGCUUGCCGUUCUUGAAACCAACCUCUCCACCUAUCUGACCUCAACAGCCGACAUUCCAGCCCUACUGUCUAAAGGCUCUCGACUUCCAUUCAAACUCUCGCGCCCUUUCAUCUUGCGGAAAACAGGACAACUGUUACUGUUACGUGCGCAACUGAACCUCUACUCAGAACUUACUGACUCUCUUCCUGAUUUAUUCUGGGAUUCACGGCACGAACUAAAUCUGGAAAACUAUUAUGACCAGGUUGGCCGUGCCCUUGAUGUUGGCAUUAGGAUCAAGGUACUCAACGAGAAGAUGACCUACGCAGGAGAAAUAGCAACCGUAUUACGGGAGAGGUUGAGCGAGAAACAUGGUUUAUUUCUUGAGUGGACAAUUAUAGUGCUCAUUGCGAUUGAAGUGGGUUUCGAGAUAUUACGCCUGUGGAAAGAAGGGUUUUGGUCAGAGGUGUGGCAGACCCACGACCUACAAAGUGGAAGUGAUGUAGCAGAAGGGGCAGGUAGAGUGUUGGAUGAGAAGUAG